AGAAAGAGUUCGUAAAUAAGGAGAAAGAGCAAGAAAACACAAUAAUUUCAUUAAAAUGGCUCAUAAUUACGUUGUCACGGCUCACAAACCGACUGCUGUAAAUGCAUGUGUAACAGGUAAUUUUACAUCACCAGAUGACCUUAAUUUAAUUAUUGCAAGAAAUACUCGGAUGGAAAUAUAUGUGGUGACACCAGAAGGUUUGCGUCCAGUAAAAGAAGUUGGUAUCUAUGGUAGAAUUGCUGUAAUGGAGUUGUUCAGACCACCUGGGGAGUCAAAAGAUUUGAUGUUCUUACUGACACAGAGAUAUAAUGCUAUGAUACUGGAAUGUAAUCAAAAUGGGGAAAAUAUUGACAUUAUCACAAGAGCACAUGGCAAUGUACAGGAUAAAAUAGGCCGAGCAUCAGAGACCGGGAUAAUUGGAAUCAUCGACCCCCUGUGUCGUGUGAUAGGUCUAAGGUUGUAUGAUGGAUUGUUCAAAGUUAUCCCACUUGAAAGAGACAACAAAGAACUGAAGGCUUUUAAUAUUAGAUUGGAGGAGCUGACAGUUAUUGACAUACAAUUCCUUCAUGGCUGUACGACCCCAACUCUGAUUCUUAUUCAUCAGGAUCAACAUGGUCGCCAUGUUAAAACAUAUGAAAUAUCUCUCAGAGACAAAGAAUUUCAGAAAGGUCCAUGGAAGCAAGACAAUGUGGAAACAGAAGCAUGCAUGCUUAUAGCUGUACCUGAACCAUUUGGUGGAGCACUAAUCAUUGGACAGGAGUCCAUUACGUACCACAAGGGAGACAACUUCAUUCCUAUUGCUCCACCUGCCAUAAAGCAAAGUACCCUGACGUGUUACGGGAAGGUGGAUGCCAAUGGUUCCCGUUAUUUAUUAGGAGACAUGAUGGGGAGACUCUUCAUGCUAAUGUUGGAGAAGGAGGAGAAAAUGGACUCUACAGUGACAGUGAAGGACCUUAAGGUGGAACUCCUGGGAGAGACUACAAUAGCUGAAUGUAUGACAUAUUUGGACAAUGCUGUUGUGUAUAUUGGAUCCAGACUUGGAGAUUCACAGCUUGUCAAACUCAACGUUGAGCCAGAUGAGAAUGGAUCCUAUGUACAAGAGAUGGAGAGAUUCACAAACCUGGGCCCUAUCCUUGAUAUGUGUGUGGUUGACCUGGAAAGACAAGGUCAAGGACAGCUUGUUACAUGCUCUGGUGCAUAUAAAGAGGGUUCAUUAAGGAUAAUACGAAAUGGUAUUGGAAUUCAUGAACAUGCCAGUAUAGAUUUACCAGGAAUCAAAGGUAUUUGGUCACUGAGAGUGAACUCACCGGAAUAUGACAAUAUGAUAGUGCUUUCCUUUGUUGGACAAACAAGGGUGCUUAUGCUAAACGGAGAGGAAGUAGAAGAAACAGAGCUCUCGGGAUUUGAAUCAGAUCAGCAGACCUUUCUAUGUGCCAAUGUUGUACACAACCAACUUCUACAGAUAACCCCUCAAUCUGUUCGACUGAUCAGCUGUGAUAACCAGAAACUGAUGAAGGAAUGGAAGCACCCUGGAGGGAAGAAUAUCAGUUUGGCCAGUAGUAACACCUGUCAGGUUGUAGCCUGUGUUGGCAGUGAGUUGUAUUACCUGGAACUGUUAAAGGGGGACAUCAAACAAGUCAGCACCUGUACAAUGGAGCAUGAAGUGGCCUGUGUAGACCUGACCCCCCUCAGGGAAGGGGAGGAGAAGUCUCACCUGUGUGCUAUUGGUCUGUGGACAGACAUCUCAGCCAGGGUUCUUAGUUUGCCAGAUUUCCGGAGUCUCCAUGUGGAAAUGCUGGGAGGAGAGAUCAUCCCAAGAUCUAUUCUGAUGACAACAUUUGAAGGAAUUCAUUAUCUGUUGUGUGCAUUAGGAGAUGGUUCAUUAUUCUACUUUAAUUUUAAUAUUGAAACAGGAUACUUCUCAGAGAAGAGGAAAGUGACUCUGGGCACACAGCCAACAGUUUUACGAACAUUUAGAUCUCUGUCUACAACAAAUGUGUUUGCGUGUUCAGAUCGGCCAACUGUGAUAUAUUCCAGUAAUCAUAAACUUGUUUUCUCCAAUGUCAACUUAAAAGAAGUUAAUCACAUGUGUCCACUGAAUUCAGAGGGAUACCCAGACAGUUUGGCAUUAGCUAAUGACAGUACUCUUACCAUUGGGACUAUAGAUGAAAUUCAGAAGUUACACAUUAGAACUAUUCCUUUAGGGGAGUCACCCAGGCGAAUAGCUUACCAGGAAUCGUCACAGACAUUUGGUGUUAUCUCCAUGCGUAUGGACCUUCAAGACAGCAAUGGUUUAAAUCCCACACGACCCAGUGCCAGCACACAUGCUGCAAUGACAAGCUCAAGUUCUAGUGGCAAGGUUACCAUGGGGACCAGCACAAUGGGAGAGCACUCUACCGGGGAUGAAGUAGAGGUCCACUCACUGUUGAUCAUUGAUCAACACACAUUUGAAGUGCUACAUGCCCACCAGCUGAUGCCCAAUGAAUUUGCCACUAGUCUCAUUUCUGCCAAACUUGGGGAGGAUCCAUGUACAUACUACAUUGUGGGGACAGCACUGGUUCACCCUGAGGAGGCAGAGCCUAAACAGGGAAGAAUUGUCAUCUUCCACUUCCAUGAUGGUAAACUAAAUCAAAUUGGUGAGAAAGAAAUAAAAGGUGCUGCCUACACACUUGUGGAAUUCAAUGGGAAGUUACUUGCCAGUAUUAAUAGCACUGUGCGGCUAUUUGAGUGGACGACAGAAAAGGAGUUGAGAUUAGAGUGUAACUAUUUUAACAGUAUUGUGGCAUUGUAUCUGAAGACAAAGUGUGAUUUUAUUCUUGUGGGAGACCUGAUGCGCUCCAUUACAUUGCUCCUGUACAAACCAAUGGAGGGCACUUUUGAGGAGAUUGCCAGGGACUGCAAUCCAAACUGGACUACAGCAAUAGAGAUCUUGGAUGAUGACAACUUCCUUGGAGCUGAGAAUUCAUUUAAUUUAUUCACAUGUCAGAAAGACAGUGCAUCCACAACAGAUGAGGACAGGCAAAACCUACAAGAAGUUGGAAUGUUUCAUCUUGGUGAAUUUGUUAAUGUAUUUAGGCAUGGGUCCUUGGUAAUGCAGCACACAGGAGAAACCAGCACACCUACUCAAGGUUCUGUGCUGUAUGGAACAGUUAAUGGUGCUGUAGGUUUGGUAACGCAGGUGCCACAAGAAUUUUAUACUUUCCUACAAGAUGUUCAGUCAAGACUGGCCAAAGUUAUCAAAAGUGUUGGAAAGAUAGAACACUCAUUUUGGCGAUCAUUCCACACCGAGAGGAAGACAGAGGCAUGUGAAGGUUUUAUUGACGGUGAUCUGAUAGAAAGUUUCUUAGAUCUGAACAGAGACAAAAUGCAGGAAACUGUCAAAGGGCUACAGAUUGAUGAUGGGAGUGGCAUGAAGAGGGAAGCAACUGUGGAUGACUUGGUAAAAACCAUUGAAGAGUUAACAAGAAUUCACUAAGAAAUCCCACCUUCACCAUUGAAGAGCUAAUACAAAUUCAGUAAAAAGUCUCACAUCCAUCAUUGAAGAGUUACCAUGAAUUCACCGAGAUAUUCAACCUCCAAUGUAUUGUACAUAUAUAUAGAAAUCUCUUCUAUUUCAUGGAAAAUGUGAAAUUUGGUGCAAUUGUCAUCCAGGACAAUGGACUGGUUUGCCUCCCCUGCUAUCCUAUACUAAACCAAGCAUGAUACUUUACAAAGGAGAGAUUGAUUUUCUUUUUUAGUGCUAUUAAUGUAUAUAUUGAUUAUUUUAUUGUAAAAGAUUGUCUUUAAUGAACAUUGUUGCUUGAUAUGUCAUUAAAUUAUAAAAUGCA